AUGGAUAAUGAUGAUGAUGGGUUUGGUGUUGAGAAUGAUAGAGUGGAUGACAGGGUGGAUGAUGUUCGCAGAAACAUUAAUCCGGUUUUGGAAAGGUGGAAUGCAAUGAAAAGAAGAAAAAAAAAUGUGACUAGAAGAGGCAAUGUUGGGGAAGGUUCAUUUGUAAUGGAUGAUGAAGUUGGAGAGCAUAAGAUCAAUGAGGAAUACAUAAGUGAUGAAUUGGAUUCAGAUUUAGAAAGUGGUGAGGAUGGUAGCUUGAAAAGGGGCAAGUUUAAAAAGUUUAGACAAGGUGAUAUGAACAAGGAUUUCAGAUUCUUAUUAGGGAUGGAAUUUUGUUCAUUGAAGGAGUUUAAAAAUGCAGUAAUGGAGCAUAGUGUAUUAAAUGGAAAAGAGAUUAAGUUUGUGAAGAAUGACCUCACAAGAGUAAGGGAAAAAUGUAAGAAAAAAUGUGGCUUUGUUAUUAUGGCCAGCAAGGUAGGAGGGAAGGAAACAUUUAGGGUGAAAACCUUAGUUGGACGACACAAGUGUGGAAGAGUUUUUGGAAACAAAAGUGCAAGUGUGAAUUGGAUUGCCCAAGUUUUAAUUGAUAGGUUUGUAAAUGUGGCUAGCAUGACUGUCAACCAAAUCAUUGAUGACAUUAAAAAGUCAUUCAGUGUGGGAAUCACUGCUUGGAAAGCUGGGAAGGCCAAACAAAUUGCCUUGGAUUCUUUGGUUGGUGAUGAGGAUAGACAAUAUGCUCAUCUAUAUGAUUAUGUGGGGGAAUUGCUAAGAGUGAAGUGUGGAACUUUUAAAAUUAAAGUGAAUCAACCCCAACCAAGUUUGCCACCAAGAUUUGGCUCUUUUUAUAUGUGUUUAGAGGGGUGUAAGCAAGGUUUUUUAGGAAGUUGCAAGCCCUUCAUAGGGGUGGAUGGUUGUCAUCUUAAGACAACAAAUGGUGGCCAAUUGUUGGUGGCGGUUGGCCGAGACCCUGUUGAGACUUUGGGACUUAUGACAGUUUUUGAUGACAUGAUGGAUGGCGUUGAACAUAGAUUGUGCUUAAGGCACUUAUAUAACAACUUCCAGAAGCGAUUUGGUGGAGGAGUACUCAUUAGAGAUCUCAUGAUGGGAGCAGCAAAGGCUACAUAUGAGAAGGAAUGGGAAAAAAAGAUGGGUAAGUUGAAAGCUAUUAACAUUGAUGCAUAUAAUUGGUUGCUAGGAGUGGUAAUGCCUAGACCUAGAAAAAGGCUUGAUAAGGAAAUAGAAAAGAGUGGUAAUUGGAUUCCCACAUGGGCCGGGACUGAAAAAUUUGAGGUGACACACGGCUUCAUAAUGGAUAAGUUUAUUGUUGACUUGAGUAACAAUUCCUGUAGUUGUUACAGUUGGGAUUUAAUAGGAAUACCCUGUAGGAAUGCUAUUGCUGCCAUUAGUUACAAAGUUCAAAACCCUGAAGAUUAUGUCCAUGUUUAUUACAAGAAACAAGCUUAUGUCACUUGUUAUGCCCCUGAAAUAGUUCCAAUAAAUGGGCAACAAAUGUGGCCAACUUCUGAAAACACCCCCUUACUCCUCCCUCCAAUUUACAAAACACCUCCUGGGAGGCCAAAAAAAUUAAGAAGAAGAGAGACAAAUGAACGUGUGAGCCAUACAAAAUUUUCCAAGAAGCAUGCUAUUAUGAAGUGCAGCAGUUGCAAAGAGUUUGGCCACAAUGUUAGAUCAUGUAGAAGAAAGAAGAACACAAGGGGCACUUCAAGUGCUGGAGGAUCUGGUAGCAGGCCUAGAUCUGAAGCAGAAGCACCACCAUCAACUUCACAAGGAGCUGCAACUGGAGCAGCAUCAACAACACAUAGUGGACCAUCAUUCAGUGGAGCAGCAGCUACAUCAAGAGGCCAAGCUGCAGGAAGAACAGCCUCAGGACUGGGUGGACACCAUCUCGGUUCCCAAGCUAGUACCACUUGA